AUGGCGUCCAGUUCAAAGUCUCCGUCUAGCAAAUCUGCUGACGCCGAAAACCAGCCACUGAACACUUUUCAGCAGGAUAAAUCUGGAGUUCCAGAGGUUUCAAUAGAGGUCUGCAGUGCCUCUACUUUACCAGGUGUCAGCAUAGGCAUCCACAACAGUUCUGCGGGGUCUUCAACUCUUGGAGAAGCCAUCCAGUUGCGGGAUUAUCGGGAUUCAGAGUGGAGGACAUUGUAUCUCACGUGUUUCCAUUGCGUCUUUCCACCCCCUCAGCAUAGGGAGUCGCUCAUACAGAUCCAUGGGGCCAAACAGGGUCUCGACCGCUGGGAAGAUAAGCCGGCCAAUUUUCACGACCCGCAAAUUCGCGAAGUCCUCCGAGUCGACCAUCCAAGCCGCCGUGAUCUUGAGGCUGCUAUUGCCACAGACAAAUCCACCAUCCAGCAGCGAAAGACUCCUGCUUACCAGAGAAUGGAAUCCCGCAUCAAGGCCGAGGAAGCAGGGGAGGAUGUUUUCGUGGAGCCGAGAGAGAGACAACGCUACGAAAAGAUACUCAAGCCGAUCGAGAUGUUUCAGGAACGACUCGACAAGUCUGAGUCAUUCUGGCACAAGAAGCUCUAUUAUCUCGGGAGGGUGAUCGCAGGUAGUGGCCUGCAUCGCACAAAGGAACGCUUCAUCGACGGGGGCAGAACAGGCGUGGAAACGAUGGACUGGGCCUUGAUAUCCGCUUUGAAAACAAGAGAGGGCCUCAACAAGCCAUUUCCGUAUACCGAAAGAGCCAAGCUCCUAAACAUCACUUACUACCAAGCCAGCGACGUACAACCUGAAUUGGAUAUGGAACUACACAAAUCAGGUCGCUCCACCCAGUGUACUCAAGGUCGCUAUAACGGCGCUAUUUCCGCUGCAAUCGCCCGUACCGAAGACAGCAAUAUUUGUUGGGUAAGCAUGACGACCUACGAGCAUGCAGUGGCAAGGACUGGCAAUAAACCCUUCGCGAAGCCGGGAGACUCUGGGUCGUGGAUAUUCACACCCCAGGGAGAAGUCGUGGGGAUGAUGUUAUAUGGAGCAUGCGAGCGCUUGAAUAUUGUGUACUUCAUGCACAUCGAUGACAUCCUGCAAGAUAUUAAAGAUGUCACUCACGCUUUCGACGUAAGAAUCGCGGAAUAG